UCCUGGCAGGAAAUCUUUUCCUUAAAAUAAAUUAGUGUACUCCACGCCCACAGUGAGGCCUACUGCCUUUGUCGUACUAGUUUGGCUUUUCGAAACCUAUACCGUUUUAUAUAAAUUCCAGUGUUUUCCACUCCUUAAAGGACUCCCUCUCCUCUACGGCCAGCCCUGUGCAUUUUUCAUGAUGGCCGCGCCCACAGUAAACUUUCACUGCUUGGCACGUACCAUCAUCAGCAAAGCGGUGGCGGCUGCCUUUGGGCUUGGCCCACACAGACAGGAGCCUGCGCAUCGCCCUUUGUGUCGCUCACAACUAACGUAAGGAAUGUUCUCUUUCGCUGGAAAGGAGUUGUACCGGACUUCCAAUAUGGCGGCUCCCACGUAAAUCUGCCAACAGGGCACCGCCAUACUCUCUCAUAGUGCCUUUGUCUAAAAUACCGAGAGCUGAACGGAAUCUUAGUCUGUGGAAGGACGCCCCCGGGGUGAUGGUCGGCUGCCUGUAGACUCGGAUGCCACACACGUUAAACUUGAUCUCGUGAGGUGGAACAGCGUUUGUGAGUCUGAAGCCGAAGUGAUGGACCGUGGCUCUUUCUACCCACCCACCUGGUCCUGGCUUCCUGGGAUAAAAUAGUUCCUAUGAAGGAAAGAAGUGAAGGUAUGAAGAUCAACACUGCAUCUUUUACCAGAGAGCUUGAACUAGAAAUUCAGAAAAGAGCCCAGAAUCAACAACAGAGCACAUAUUAAACUUUCUGACAAUAUUUAAGGGCUUCAGAAAAUGUCCAAGUCCCAAGGGUUACUGUCAUUCAAGGAUGUGGCUGAGGUUUUCACAUGGGAGGAGUGGCAGCUACUGGACCCUGUUCAGAAGAACCUGUAUCAAGAUGUGAUGUUGGAAAAUUAUAGCAACCUAGUAUCAGUGGAUGACAUCUGGCAUGUUGAUUGUCAUACAGACUGGCACCAAGAAAACAAAGGCAAUCUUGAAACUAUGGAGAAUCACCACAAAAACACUGCAUUUAGAAAAAUACUGUCUCUAAGCUUAAACUUCAAUGUCCCUUUAGCACAAAGAUCCCAUACAUUUGACAUGCUUGAGAAACAUUUGAAACCUAAUGUAGAGUACAUUAUUCAGAAUAAAAGCUAUGCAAGAAACGAAGUUGAGUUUAAUGGAUUUGACAAAGCAUUUCUUUAUACUAAGCAUGAGAAAAUUCAUACUGGAGAAAAAUCCAAUGAAUAUAAUGAACAUUUAAAGCCUUCCAUCCAUAAAUCACGGCUUACUAAACAUUGGAAAACUCAAACAGGAGAGAAGCAGUAUAACUGCAGUGACUGCAGGAGAGCCUUUUCCCGGAAGUCAGACCUCAUUAAGCAGCAAACACACACAGGGGAGAAACCCUAUGGUUGCAGUAGAUGCGAGAAAGCCUUUACCCAGAAAUCGCAUCUCAUUUUACACCAGAGAACCCGUACAGGAGAGAAACCUUAUGAAUGCAAUAAAUGUGAGAAAGCUUUUACUGAUAAGUCAUGCCUUAUUAAACAUCAGAGAACUCACACAGGAGAAAAACGGUUUGAAUGUCGUGUAUGUCAGAAAAGCUUCAUCGAUAAGUCACAACUCCCUUCCCAUCAAAGAAUUCAUACAGGAGAGAAGUCCUACAUAUGUGGUGAGUGUGAGAAAAGCUUCAGCAACAAGUCACAGCUCAUUAUUCAUCAGCGAUCUCACACAGGAGAGAAACCCUAUGGUUGUGAUAAAUGUGGUAAAACUUUCCCCCUUAAGUUUAGCCUCAUUUUACAUAAAAAAACUCAUACAGGGGAAAAACCUUAUGGAUGCAGUGAAUGUGGAAAAGCCAUCCAGAGAUCUGAGCUCAUUAGACACCAGAGAACUCACACUGGAGAGAAACCAUAUCAUUGCAGUGAAUGUGGGAAAGGCUUUAGUGUAAAGUCACUCCUCAAUACUCACUGGAGAACUCAUACAGGAGAGAAACCCUAUGGGUGCAGUGAAUGUGGAAAAACAUUCUCCAUCAAGUUUAGUCUCAUCCUACACCAAAGAACACAUACAGGUGAGAAACCCUAUGAAUGCAGUCAGUGUCAGAAAGCUUUCACUCAAAAGUCGCACCUCACUAUUCAUCAGAGGUCUCACACUGGAGAGAAACCUUAUGAAUGCAGUGAAUGCCACAAAGCCUUCAGCAGGAAGUCCUAUCUCCUUAUUCAUCAGAGAAUUCACUCAGGAGCGAAACCUUAUGAAUGCCUCCAGUGUGGGAAAACUUUCUCUCACAAGUUUAGCCUUAUUAUUCAGCAGGGAAUCCAUACAGGAGAGAAACACUACAGUUGCAGUGAAUGUGGGAAAACUUUUCCUAUUAAGUUUAGCCUCGUUUUGCAUCAGAAGACACAUACAGGAGAGAAGCCCCAUGAAUGCAGCGAAUGUCAGAAAUCUUUCACUCAGAAAUCAUAUCUUAGUAUACAUCAAAGAACUCAUACAGGGGAGAAACCUUAUGGAUGCAAUGAGUGUUGGAAAACUUUCUUCCACAAAUUCAGCCUCACUUUACAUCAGAAAACUCAUAGAGGAGAGAAAUCAUGAAUGAAGUAAAUAUCCAAAAGUCAUUGAAAGUAAAUAGCUGAUUACACCAGAGUUUACACAGGAAUGAAAUCUUAAGACCACAGAUGUGGACACACUUUUUUUUUUCCCCCAGACUCACACCUUACAAGAGAAUGGUACUAGAAUGCCAGACAGGAGGAAAUACCUUCAUACAUAUAUGUCAAUUGAAUGUAGCCAGAAAGAAAAUAGGAGGGAACAUCUGUGUGUGUCUAUAUUGAUUGUGAGGAUGUUGUUGGCAUGAAAUCCAGCCACACUGGUAUCAGAGAAUUGACGCUGAUGAAAAAAUUCUAUAAUGAGUCUGAGGUAUCUUUUUUGGUUAUCAUUUUACAAGGGAUGUCAUUUCCUGGAAUUGUGACAUAUUAAGCAGCAUUAUGGAAUAUUUUAAGUAUGUAAAAUAUUAAAUAUAUUUAAUAUAAUAUAAUAUAAAAUUAAUAUAAUAUAAAAAUUUUCCUGGAAUUGUGACAUAAGCAGCAUUAUGGAAUAUUUUAAGUAUGUAAAUAAAUACAUUUAUCAGAAAACAAAGCAAAAAUUAUAUCAGAACUAUGAGAAUAUGUGUUUUACAUCUAUUUUUAUUAUUAAAAUGAUUGUUCAUAAUUGGGAAUUGAAUGUGUUAGCAAAACAACGUGACUCCCUAGUGCAUGUACUUAAAUGUACACAAAACUUGCCAAUAGAAUAUCUGCAUUGAAUCUUGAUAUCAUUACAGUGCUACAUAAGUUGUAAUUGUAAUUGAACUACAUGGUUCAUUAUUUUAAUAAGAAACCUUAAUAAAAUACUGAAUAUCCCCUCCCUUGCCACUGCACUGUUUCCUGUUAUUUGUAAAUGGGCCUGGAAGAUUUUGAACAUUCCUUGAGUAAAAUGUUUUUUCAUUGACUCAAAGAUAGAAUAUUUUUCCCCACAUAGUUAACAAUGAAGUUUGAAUGUAGCAUACAGUUAAUGACUUGACAU